AGCUCCAUUAUUGCUGAUCUCUGUAAGUAUAUUAAACCAGUUAGCAUACUGAUCAUGCAUCCAUUCUUGCUGAAAGUUUGAAACAAAGACGCUUCUAAUUAAGUUGUCGAGAGAAAAGAAAAAGGAAAACAGAGUGCAUAUAUCCAGGGUGGACCUGAAGAACACAAGAAGAAUAGGAAGAUGGGUUUGCGCUUCGAUAUGGUUUGGUACAUGAUAGUUGCAGUAAGUUUGAUAGAGGCUGCAGCUGCUGCAGAGUAUCAUUUGAACUGGACUGUUCCCCCUUCCCUCGAUUUUUAUUCUAAUUGGAGUAGAACGACUUUUGAGGUUGGAGACGCAGUGAUAUUCAACUGGACUGGAACGCACAAUGUUGCUGAUGUAUCGAAGGGAGACUAUGAUAAUUGCACAAAGGUAAGGGCGGUUCUUGAUAGCGAUGAUCCUAUAAGGGUCAACUUCAGCUCAAGUGGUAAUCGUUACUUUAUCUGCACUGUUGACUCACACUGUGAACAAGGCCAAAAGGUGGCUUUCCUCAUUAAAGGUACGGUAAACAACAACUCCUCCUCUGCUCCCUUCGUGACUGUUCCUGCGUCAUCUGAGGUUUUCACCUUCUUACUCACAGUUUUCUUGAUUUACAAUGUCUAA